AUGCAAUUCUUCGCCGUCCUCCCUUUAUUGUAUACUACCGCAGCAGCACUCGGCAUUAAUUGUCGUGGAAACGCCAACUGCGUCGGGACUCCAGAAUGCAGACUCGCUGAUCUGAUCUUGCAAGUCAGCCAGCAAGACCCAAGCACAUCAUACAGCCCUGGGCAGCACAUUGCCUGUUGCGGCAUACCCGGGGGCAAUAUCUGUGCAUUCACUCAGGGCAUUAGCAAUUCGAUUACAGCUGGAGAAGCCCUCGGUAUGCUACAGGGGCUGUCCGCCCACGGCUGCGGCCAGUGCGGCAGUAUUCCGUUCAAGGACAACAAUGUUGCUGAAGGACAAUUGACAGUUAACUGGACCGAUCACUAA